CGGACCUCAAAGUUAAUUCAAAUUCCGCCUAAACACAUCCAGACACAUUCAUUGAGACUGUUGCGAAAAUGUCCAAUUUAGCUGACGGAACUCAAAUUUUAUUCAAUUUCUGCUAGAUAUGUUAUGGACAUUUUCAUGGAAGUUAUUUGUCUCGGAAUUGUUUAAAAGCAUUGUAAAUAUGAAUGAUCAAUUUGGUUUUCUGAUUUAAGUACGAUACUAAAAUUGUUUUGUGUAUUUAUUUACAAUACCGGGGGCAUUUUUCUUUGUUUGUUUGGAUCUCUGGUUCAGGUUAUUUUCUGGCAGCGACGUCAUAGAUAAAGGCGAUUAAUUUAUCUGCAUUGUUUUGACUGUAUUCGAGAUUUUGGUCUUUCCGAAGUUAGAUGUAUAUUUUGUGUAUAUACAACCGACUGCUGCUGUGAACUUGGUAUAUAUAGGUAGCGCAGUUAGUGGAAGUAGUGCUGAGGGGCUUGUUUAUUUUAGCGAAGUUUGAAGAAUAACAUUUUUGAGGAAGGGUUUGCAGAUUUGGAGGAAUCAUGUUGGCGGUUUUCAACAGUGCGGUGGCCGAGGGACCCGAGGAGCUCAGAACUCCUGGCGAUCUGAGCCCCACUCCAAGGAAGAAAGCUGCAGAUCUGCUUCAGUCGUUCAUGACCGAUUUCCCGCAGGCGAUUUCUGUGAAUGUUGAAGGAGUGUGUCAUAUGGCUUAUUCACAUGAAAAGGAGGCUUUGUUGAGACCCAGGUCUUUUGCCGUUAAGGACGAGAUAUUUUGUCUGUUUGAGGGGACGCUGGAGAAUCUGGCGAGCUUAAGGCAGCAAUACGGGCUAUCCAAAUCUGUAAAUGAAGUAUCGCUGGUGAUUGAAGCCUACAAAACCCUGAGGGAUCGGAAACCUUAUCCUGCCUCUCACGUGGUAGGCCACUUCGAAGGCCGAUUCGCCUUUAUAAUCCUCGACAAAUCAACCAAAAGCAUAUUUGCCGCCACGGAUUCGCAAGGGAAAGUUCCGUUUUAUUGGGGUAUAACUGCGGACGGGUUUCUGGCAUUCUCUGACGACGCAGACGUCUUGAAAGGAGCUUGCGGGAAGUCUCUCGCGUCUUUUCCCGAAGGGUGUUUCUUCUUAGGUGCUGAAGGCCUGAGAAGCUAUGAACAUCCCAAGAACAAAGUGACAGCAAUCCCAGCCAUGGAGGAGGAGAUGUGGGGUACAACAUUCAAGGUUGAGCGAGAGGGUGUGUAUGCCGGUAUAAUCUGAAGAUGGGGCGUCCAACCUUUGGAGUGUAAAUUGUAAUAGGGUCCGUUUUAAUUUCAAUAAUGUAUUGAGGAAUUGCUGGAAUAAGCUCGCUUGUAAUGCAUGUUAUGAUAUUAUGUAUAAUAGGUUGUAGUUUACCAGGUAAAAUCUUUCAAUGAAAAAUCAUAGAGUCUGCAACUGUUGCCGAGAAACCUGGUUUUAGCGUGGGUCGGGCAACGGGAAAAAUUCUGGACAUGGAUGAAUGUGGAAAUUUUAUUUCCACAUCCUCGUCAUUUUUAUUUUAUUUGAUUUGUUUGGAGUUUGGCUAAGAGUGGCCUUCAAUUAUCUGAAUAUUAGAAGGAAAUGUAUAUUGAUGUUACAGGAGUUGCUGGAAUCUGGUAUGUGUUUUAAUUAUUAUAAAUAAUAUGUGAAUCUUCUUUCUUC